UUUGCGUUUGUUUCGGUAGUUCGACUUCCUAGGCGAACAACCAUGAAGCUCAGGCUACGAACUGCUGGUACCGGCGCGCUUUACCGGCUGGAUGUCGACCCGGGGACCUGGAAGACUCUGCUGACAGAGGUUCGCCAGGCGGUCGGGCUUGCCGAUGACGCGCCAGUCGUGCUAUCCCUCAACAAGAAGACGCCGCUAGAGCCCGCAAGCGAGGACGACGUGCUUGACAAACUAGGUGUAUGCGGUGGCGACCUGCUGUGGCUUCUGUCGCCGGCACCCGAGGUCUCGCCGCCCGCGCACGGCAGCAGCGCUACUAAUGGCAGUAGCACCAUGAACGGCGGCAGUAGCUCCAACGCGGCGCCAGCAGCUACCACGGCUGCUGCCGCCGUGGCGGCUGGCGGUGCCGGCAGCGGCGCGGCAGCGGCGGCGCCUGUGGCAGCGCUCGCACCCGCGGCGGCCGUGGACAGCGGUGGCACGGGCGGCGGCGCCGCAGCAGUAGCAGGCAUCGAGGGAGGUGGUGGGGGCGCCGCCGCCGCCGGGGGCGAGGACGGUGCUGAGGAAGGGCCGCUGGCGCCUCUUCCCGUGGAGGAAGGCGAGGCGGAGGCGGAGGCCGGCAGCGGCGCAGCUGCAGCGGCGCGGCGGCUGCUGCCAGGCGUGCCAGCGAAGCUGCGGCUGCUGCUGUGCGCGCCGUCGCCCAGUGACCCCGCCGGCAGCGGCAGCGGCAGCGCCGCUGCCCCCGCAGGCGGCGCCGGCGCCGCCACCGGCAGCGCCAGCACAGGCGGCUACACAGGCAGCGGCAGCGGCAGCGGCGGCGGCAGCGUGUCGGGCCCGGUGUUGUUGGGUGCGCUGCUGCCGCCGGUGUGGCGGGCGCUGCUGGUGGUGGACGCGGUGAUGGCGGAGUCGGAGCUGCAGCCGCUGCAGGACCUGCCCGCGCUGUUGUCCGCCAGCCCCGCCGCCCCGCCGCCGCGGCAGCUGUUGUAUGGCUGUAGCUACAUCGGGGCGGCAGCAGCAGCAGCAGUAGCAGCAACCCAAGCAACAGAGGGCCCGCCGCUGUGCGGUGGAGCGGGGGCGGGUGAAGACGUGACGAUGGUUGAGGCGGGGGGUAGCAGCAGUGGCGGCUGUAGCAACAGCGGCGGUAGCGCAGCCGCCAUGAAGCUGGUCUGGUACGGCAUGGGGCGCCACCUGGUCCUUCACGGCUCGCCCGUCGCCGCCGUACAUUCGGUCAACGCCGGUCAACCAACCGCAACCACAACCGUAACCAUCAGCAUCGACCUGUCUGAGUACGGCACUGCGGCGCCGCCGCCAGGCGGCGCCGCCACAAAUGCGUCAACUAUCACCGCCGCCGCGGCGGCGGCGGCGGCGGCGGCGGGCCUGCCGGCGGCGCUGGCGGCUCACUGGCGGCGGCUGAAGGACGGGUUGGGUCUGCCGCUGCUGGCGGCGGCGUGUCGGGCGGCGGGCGUGGCGGCGCCGGUGGGGCUGCCAGCUCUGCCCAUGGAGCUGCAGCUGGCGGUGCUGAAGAAGCUCAAGGCACGUGACCUGGUGGCCCUGGGAGCCACGUGCAGCUACUGGCACGGCCUGGCGUACGACGAUGCGCUGUGGCGGCCGCUGUACGAGUCCGAGUUCGCCGCCGCCGGCGCCGCCGCCCAGUCGGACCAGCAGCUGGCGGCGGCGCGGGGCUGGGCGCACGUGUUCGGGCGGCGCUGGCAGGAGCGCGUAGAGGCUCGGCGGCGCAGGCAGCAGUUCCGGCCCGCGGUGCCGGGGUGGGGGCCGCCGCCGCUGGCGCCACUGGCGCGGCCGCCCUUCAUGCCGCCCGGCACCAUAGGAGGAGACUACGACCGACUCCCCGCCAUCGGUGGCGGCAUGAUGCUGCCGGGUGGAGGGCUGCCUGGAGGGCUGCCGGGCGGGUUUGGGUUCGGUGGCGGCGUGGCAGGGCGCGGCGGUGGCCGCUUCGGCGGCGGCGGGCCGGGCGGCCUGGGCGGCUUUGGCGUGCCGCGGCCGCGGCAGUGGGGCGGCGGCGGCAUGGGCGGCGGCUGGAUGUGAAGGAUUCCGAUGCCGGCAGCGCUGUACACAUGAGGCGGUGAUGUCGGAUGCUUCAUUCGCAGCAUUGAUACAAUUGUACGUUAAUGGUAGUGCAUAUGGAAGGUAUUUGAUCAAUACCGUUGUACAGGUUUGGUGUUGGCAAUUUGUGUCAUGCACGAUCGCACCAUGUGUUGCUGUGUGCAGCUCGAUAUGUGUUGGAGCUGUUGCUUGGUGGGUCGGUUGCCGGUUGGGGAUGGGGGUGGCCGCGUGACGGCGGCAGAACUGAUAACUGUUAGCGCCGACAACCUCCUCUGGCGUCAUGUGCGUCCGCAUUCGCGGGUAGAGAGCACUUUGGUGACUGUUGCUGUUGUGGACACGAGGCAGGCAGACGCAAGCGCAUGUUGAAGAGCAGUCUACGUGGCAGGCACGUCAGUUCGUCAGCUGCUAGCAAGGUGGCUAGGAAUGCACACCCGUUGCUGUGCGCAUUCGCCCUGGGCGAGAGGCUGCGACGUACUGAGCGGUGUGAGGGACUGAGGGGGCGAUGGGCGCCGUGGCGGCGACGGCUGUGUAAAGUAGCAGGCGUGUGCACGUGUGAGCAGACCGGGAGCGACGUGCGUACAGAACGGUGCGGAGGGUCCAAUUAGGCAAUGAGAGGGGGGAAUGCUAGGACGCCGAA